GCGGUUUCACUGAUAUAUUCACCGUUCAAAUCUAGGUUCUGAAUGCAUGCAACAUUGAGCGAACACGCCGCUGAGGGAGCAUGUAGUUAGCACGAACUACCUAUAAUUGGAUGCUAAGUAUGAGCCCGAUAUGAGCCCGAGGCAAUCGGGGAUAGGUGGCGGGUGCAGACCCGCUCGGAAACACGUGUUAUUGGGAUGCUCUCCCGGUCCCCCAGGAUGGCCUUGCGCGAAACAUAUAAUCUCGCUCGUCGCCGCUGCUCAUGGCCUUGUUUUGUCCUCGUGGCCACCAUAGCGGGGCUAGUCAACCAGGAUAGUCUGCGAAGUAGUCAACAACGUGCCAGCUUGUCUCGCAACUAGCGGCUGAAGACCCUGAUUAUCGCCGCCUCGGAAGAUCCCAACCGACACACGGUACGUGCGGUACUUACUGUAUUAGUGCGUCUACUGCACCGAACGCGGCUUACCACCAACACUCACCAUGCUAUCUAGCCGGAGAAGCCACCCGUCCGCCAGACAUAUAACGGCCAUGUUUUGGGACGGCCUUUUCAAGGACACCGUCAUGGACGCGGUCCGAAGCCUCGCUCGUCUCCCCACCUUCCGCGUCUCCGUCGGGUCUCUGAGCUUCAGCCUCCUCAAAUACGUUGCAGUGCUGCUGUUCUUGGUGAAUGCUCGCUCGUGGCCGUUAACAUGGCAUUUCAGAGUGUUCCGGCCCGUCAUGUCCCUGCGUCUGCGGUGGUACAUGCUGCAACUGCGACUCUUGCUCAAGCCCAAGCAGGUCAAGCGGAGGGAGAAGGCGAAGUGGUUGCAGGAGUUGUGCCCGGUCGGUCAGGACCCGCUCGAGUUUGUGCACACGUGGAAGGGUUGGGCUUCACCGGACGACUCCGACUUCAAUCUCCACCUCAGCAACUCGUGUUAUGCCAAGAACCUUGAUUGCGCCCGUCUAGAGGCGGCACUGAAGUACUUCCCAACGCUCUGCCGCGCGGGCGGCUGGAUAGCACUCGGUGCGACGCACUUCAACUUCCUGCGCGAAAUCCCGAUCCUCGCUCCGUACGAGAUCCGCAUGCGGAUCGCCGGCUGGGACAGCAAAUGGGUGUACAUCGUCGCGCGGUACGUCACGCACCCGCGCAGCAAGAAGUCCAAGGACGCCAAGGCGCUCCCCGGGGGCAAGCCCUCGGGGUCCCCCGACACGACCGGCAACGCGCACACGGGCGGCGCGCCCUACCCCGUCCUGCACACGCCCGCAGACCCGCUCGACGCGGAGAGCAAGUCCGGGGUCGCCACGCCGACGCACGCCGAGGCGCUGGCGCGCGCAAGCAUGGUGCACGUCGAGCCGGACGGGGCGACGCUCAACUGCGUCGUCGUGAACGCGCUCUGCUUCAAGACCGGCCGCAUCACGAUCCCGCCCGCGCUCGUGCUCGCCGUCGAGGGCUUCGUCGCGCCGCCGUCCGCCGGUGCCGAUGCUGAGCAGUUCUCGCUGAGCAACCCGCCGCCGUUCUGGGGCGAGGUGCAGAAGCUGAUAGGGGAGGAGCCGACGGACCUGCGGAGGCUGCAGAAGUUCUAUGCGGGUGGGUGGCGCGAGGUCCCCGAGGGCGAGCGGUGGUGGGAGAAGGCGGUGGAGGGCCUCGAGGAGCGGAGGAAGGCGGGGAUGGAGGUUGUGGGCGCGCUGAGGAGUGGGAUGGAGGGCGUGCGGAGCUUGUGAGCGUGGCGGUGUGGGCGGUGGCUUCUCGUUAGAGUGAGUUGGCACUUGACUAUAGCAUAGACUUCUGUGAUACGUUCGUUGGUUUAGAAUGCCGCAGGCCCUUAGACACAGAUGCAUACAGUCUGUCUGUAACGUAUUCGUAAUAUUUCGUGCUAUCAUGACAACUUACUGGA